AUGUAUGAGAAGUGUGAAAAAAACACUCCUGUGAGCGAUGGUAUAAAAUCUGAUAUUGGGGACUCAAAAUAUGGGUUUAGGGGUCUGAUUAUGGUUAUUCCAAAACUGAGAGGUGGGACCUUUGCUCUUUAUUCUCUGCUUUGUCGACAUGCAAAAGUGAAAACAAUUCCUAAUCAACACAGGACUGAUGAAGAGCUGACAACAUAUAGUCGUAGCACAUUCCAUGAGCAUUCUUUUGCUGCGAAAACCAAGAGAUGGUUGGAGGCACAUGCAUUCAAAAAGAAUGCUCUUCUUAUACUUGUCCUUGUUGGCACAUGCAUGGUGAUUGGGGAUGGAAUUCUCACUCCUGCUGUAUCAGCAGUUCUUUCGGCUUCUGGUGGGAUUAAGGUGGACCAUCCCGAGCUGAGUAAUGAUGUCGUUGUGAUUAUUGCUGUUGUCAUAUUAGUGGGUUUGUUUAGCAUGCAACACUAUGGUACAGAUAAAGUUGGGUGGCUGUUUGCUCCAAUUGUGCUCCUUUGGUUUCUCUUCAUUGGAGGUAUUGGCAUAUUCAAUAUUUGGAAGUAUGAUAGGCGUGUUCUGAGGGCCUUUUCACCUGUGUACAUAGGCCGCUAUUUUAGAAGGAGAGGCAAAGAAGGUUGGACCUCCCUUGGAGGGAUCAUGCUCAGUAUCACAGGGACAGAGGCACUUUUUGCCGACCUUGCUCAUUUUCCAGUUCCAGCUGUACAGCUUGCUUUCACAAUAGUUGUGUUUCCCUGCCUUCUUUUGGCUUAUUCUGGACAAGCGGCCUACCUCGUAAAUAACAAGGAGCAUGUUAUUGAUGCAUUCUAUCGUUCUAUUCCAGCAUAUGAACCCAAACAGGAGUUUAUGUACUUGACAUCCUGUGGUGUUGCGUCUGAGCUUGGUCAACCAUUGAAACUGUUGUUGGAAUUGGGUCUCCCAAAAACUCUAGUGGGUUUCCCCACCACCUAA